AUGAAAAUUCAAUAUUGGUCUAGGAACAAUAAGGAAGAUGACAUUGAUAAACUAAUUACUUCAUUUGGAAAUCACUUUUGGAUCAGAGAACGUCAAUGGUUUGUUCGUUGUGAUUGGAAUCCCGAGCCAACAUCAUCUUACAUAUGUCUCUACACUUUGCCUUAUGCCUUUGAUCAUUUUGAUACUCAUACCGCUCUUAUUCGGUCUAAAUCGACUUCUCCCAAGGAAAAUGAUUAUUGGCUCUAUGAUCAUGUGCGAAAUCUGCAUUAUGACUACUCGUUAACCAAUAAUUCGGCGUUGAGUCGUGCUUGCUUUUCUAAAAUUCAUUAUCUUUCCAUUGAACUUCCAUCCAGUGGCAAUAUAUGGCCUACCCUGUCAACAUUUAUUCACCUGAAUUCACUUGAUGUAUUCAUUCUUAAUGAUGAACUUAAUGCUUACAAUCAACUACAAAUGUUUCUUGAUCGAGCACCGAAUCUUUAUUCAUUAAAACUCACCUGGGUCUUCUAUUACGGGAGUAAACUCUCACUUCCAGAAUUGGCAUUAUUCAAAAACAGUAGCGUAUCGGUUCGUCGUCUUGAUUUAUAUGGAUAUACCAAACAUAAAGAUUGGCAAUGGUUUAAUAGGCAACAAUGUAUUGUAUUAUGUAAUUCUCCUUUGGGUAUUCACUGUGAAGUUCUUCGAAUUAAAGUUGAACAUCCGAUGGAUGUACUAGAACUUGUCUAUUCAAUGCCGCACCUGCGAGCAUUGAAUGUUCAGAUUAUGGACGAUGAACAUAAUGUACCGGGUUUUAAACCACAUCCAACAGACGAUGAACUUCUUCAAUUUUUGCAACAUUCUCUAGAUUACACUUGUAUUGUUACAAGAAAUCAAUUUGAUUCUCGUAACAUUCAAUUGUGGAUUCGCUGA